AUGCACCAAUAUCAAAUUAAAGUGCCUGCUUCCUCUGCAAACAUCGGCCCCGGUUUCGAUGUGCUGGGGAUGUCCUUGGAGGUUUAUAUGACUCUUGACGUCCAAGUAAGCGAUGAAAAGGGCCACUGUGUUUUGUCUUACGAAGGAGACGGUGCUGAAGAAGUACCUCUGGAUAUCCAUAAAAACAUGAUUACUCAGACUGCUCUUUAUGUGCUACGAUGCCACAAUAUUCAUGAAUUCCCAUCGGCGACAAAAAUUCAUGUGAAGAAUCCCAUUCCUUUGGGACGCGGUAUGGGUUCUAGUGGUUCUGCUGCUAUUGCUGGUGUCGUGCUUGCCAAUGAGCUUGCUCACUUGCAGUUAUCCAAGUUGCAAAUGAUGGAUUACGUUUUAAUGAUUGAGCGUCAUCCCGACAACGUUAUGGCUUCCAUGAUGGGUGGCUUUGUGGGUUCUUUUCUUCGUGAGUUAUCGGAUACCGAGAAAGAAGCUAUGCUUCCUUCUGCCAGUGAUCUUUUAACCAAUAAAGGGUUUUCUAGACCUCCAGUGAACAUGGGAAGAUAUACAACGCUUCCAUGGGCUCCUGAGUUGAAGGCACUCGUUGUCAUUCCUCAGUUUCACCUUUCCACCUCAAAAGCUCGAAGUGUCUUGCCUUCUUCCUAUACAAAGCCGGAUGUUAUCUAUAAUCUUCAACGUUUGGCACUCUUGACAACAGCAUUGGGCCAAACCCCCGUGAAUCAUCAACUUAUUCAUGAGGUAAUGAAGGAUAAGGUUCAUCAACCUUACCGUUCUCAAUUGAUUCCUGGACUUCAAACGAUCCUUGCUCAGAUGACGCCCGAAUCUCAACCAGGACUUUGUGGUAUUUGUCUUUCCGGAGCCGGUCCUACGAUUCUCUCCUUGGCUACCGAUCAUUAUGAAGAAAUUGCCCAAACGAUGGUCAACAUUUUUAGGCAAAAUAAUGUCGAGUGUAGUUAUUUGGUUCUUUCUCCCGCGUUUGAGGGUGCAAGUGUGUCUUACUAA